CAAAGAGUAAGACAAGUUUUGACGGUCACGGGAUAAGAUACAUGUAAAAUGAAAUGAUGAUUUUCUUAAGCGUAUGCGAUAGUAAUAAAAGCAACAGGAAGCUCGAAGGGUUAUUCUAUUGUAGUUUCGAAACUAUAUUUAGUGUUUCGUUACUGCAAAAAUAUACAGAAAUGGCAGUGGAGACAGUUAUUGAUACCCUAAAGUUAUUUAUGUUUACUUAAAAUAUUAUAGCUGUGCUUCUAAUAAAAAAAGUCGAAGGAAAUAAUGAGAUAUGCUAAGACGAUGGGAUUUUGUCAAAUGACAGGCGGUAAUAAAGUGGCUAUCUCUACUACCCAACUCUUCUAGACACGAUAACGGGGUUCCGGCAUUGACACCUUGCAGAUGCAUUAGAGCACGAACCAGCGGGGACAAAUCAAGUGAUUCUUUUUCUUGUCGACUCCGAAAAUAAAAAUCUAACGAGUGGGGGAAAAAACCAGUGAUCCGCUGCCUAAUAAUUGAUGUAACUUUCACUGAUCAUUAAUUCAUGUGCUGUAAAUCAACAGCUCUCUCACAAACUAAACAUCCCAAAUGGCACGAGCGGAACUACUAACCUGCCACAGCUAGCGUACUGCUAAUAAAAUGAUUUCUUAUAAAAUCCACUAAGAAAAUUUUUACUAUCUUCGCUUUUUUCCAUAAAAGUUAAAAUAAAAGCAAUACACAGACGCUUGAUCUUAAAUUAACACUUAUUUCAAUUCCAUUUUUAUAAUAUCGCUUUCUUCUGAAAAUAUAGACAUCCCCUUCAAAGUCUGUUUCAAAGGUUCGAGAAGUUAUAUUUUGGUUUCAAAAGGAAGCCACAUUUCUAAUUGUGAAAGUGAAAUCUGUAUAAAAGUUGAUGUAACCGAUGGCUAUAUUUUAUAGUUAUACAUUUUUAGUUUAAUGUAUAAAGAAAUAACGCACAAAACGGGUGUGAUAAUGCUCUUAUCAUAGAAGCAAUCAUCUCUAGCAGAUGGUAAGGUGUCCUUAGGAAAUGACAAAUAGAUUAACUUAGCACCGAGAGUAAUCAUUUGCCUUUGAAGUUGGAAGCUCUAGGUGGUGUCUCCGAGUUUCUUGGUAUUGAAACAACGGGAUGGGAGCUGCCCAGAUGGUCGUAUUCCUACUGUUAGAGACCGCUUUAUAUUCUUCGCGGGCCACAACUCGCUUUUACCGUCCCGGCAACGCCACUCUCGGGGUGAUCCUACCGGUGCAUUCGCAGACGGCGUCUGGUGGCUGCGGUGAGCUGUACACCCUAGGACUCGGCUACAUAGAGGCGAUAUCAUACGCUAUAGAGCGCAUCAACAACUUCACGGAUAUACUGCCUGGGAUAAGUCUUGGUCUAGAUGUGAGGGAUUACUGUUAUAACUCUAAGCUGGCUAUGAAAUGGGCGUACAGUAUCGUGGCAAACAACGACCACAUUGAGCUUGUGCGGCAGGGUUUAAGUAGAGAGAAGUUCGAAAAUCUGACGGACCCUAUAGUCGCUGUCAUAGGAUCCAUGGAGUCCAGUAGUACUGGAAAUAUCGCUGGCCUGUUUCAGGUAAAAUAUGCUGGUGAAUUGGUUGAAAAUAUGCCGAUCGUCAGCCCAUUCUCUACGAGUGAUGAGCUCAGCUCACCCUACUACAGCUCAUUUUUCCGCACUAUUCCUCCUGACAGCCGACAAUCCGAGGCCAUGGCAGACAUCAUAGAACAUUUCAAAUGGGCGUAUGUGGCGGCGAUUGCGCAUGACGGCUCUUACGGCCAGUACGGCGUGCGCGCGCUCGAGAGAGAGGCGUACGACAGGAAGACAUUUUGCAUCUCCUUCGUAGAGUUCUUUACGCGGUCCGGAUACAAGGGUAAGGUAGAAACAAUCGUCAGAAAACUGCUCUUGAAACCAGAACUCAAGGUAAUUGUCUUCUGGAGCAACUACGACCAAACUGAUGCUUUCCUUGCCGAGGCGACGAAACAAAAUUUGACCGACCGCACGUUUCUUCUAAGCGAAGCAAUGGCUACCUUUGGUAUCCAAAUUCUAAAAAAGUACUCUUCAGUUCUAGGUGGAUCGCUAGCAAUCUUGCCGCAUGAUUAUCGAGACUUGGAGUUUGGAAAUCACUUGAGAAACUUGACGCCGGAGAAAACCAGACAGAUGGGUAAUCCAUGGUGGGAAGAGUAUUGGAAGGGUGCUGGAAAAUGCAUCUUGGAUCACGAGGGAGACUGUCAACUAAAGGGAGUCUCAGAGGCAGGCUAUCAGCAGCUGUAUAGUGCCUACGUCCCGUACGUGAUUGAUGCAGUGCACGCAGUGGCUCAUGGACUUGACAAGUUAUACAGGCAUGGCGCGAUUCGUAAUGUCACGCCAAGUAAUGUCGCGCAAUCCCUUCUGUAUUGUAUGAAGAACCUGACGUUUGGCGGCGUGACAGGUAAUGUAAGCUUCAAGACUUCAGGCGACCCCAUUAAUGCGCACUACGAUAUUAUGAACUUUCGUAAAGAAGAUGACUGUGACGGGUACUGUAUAAAGAAUGUCGGCUCCUGGAAGACGGACCAGGAACCUCAACUGGAUGUCAACAACACUUUGAUAAAGUGGAAGACGAAAAAGAACGUAGUACCAACAUCCGAGUGCAGUAAAAAGUGUCCUGCCGGCACCAGACAAUCCUUCAUUAACCGCUGCUGCUGGGAAUGUUUCCAGUGUCCCGAAGGAACCGUGAGCUCAGAGCCAGGCUCGACCAACUGUACGCGUUGCAGUGAGGAGCAAAUGUCAAACAAGGACAACACAGAGUGCGUAAGUCUUCCACUGCAGAACAUCAAAUGGGAGGACACCACGGCGGCAGUGGUGCUGCUUCUAACAGGUGUGGGCUUCGCACUCAAUCUGAUAGUUCUCGGUGUGUUUAUCAGACAUCACGAUACUCCAGUCGUCAAAGGCAGCAACCAAGAACUGAGCUACCUCUUGCUGUUUAUUAUCAGCUUGUCGCUUCUCAUGCCCAUCCUCCACCUUGCGCACCCUACAGCUCCCGUCUGCUACCUGGUACAGCCGUGGCGGUACUUGACUUGUACGGCGUGCGUCUCGGUGCUCUUCCUCAAGACAAACAGGCUCGUGCGCGCAUUCCAGACAACCGCCAUGCCACAUUGGUUCAGGACGUACAUCUUAGAUCGCAAGCGCCAACUGGUAGUGGUGUUCUUCUUGAACCUGGUCCAGUUUAUCUUGACGUUACUGUGGCUCGCUCUUGACCCCCCGCAGGUGAAAAAAGACAUCACCUUCCAGAAACACAUGUUCCUUCGCUGCUUGCCAUACACAACAAGCACAGGUCUGAUCAUCCGAACCGUCAUGUUCAGCUACUUCAUCUUUAUGUCUCUCCUGUGCACGCUGUACGCAUUCAAGGCCCGCAAGCUGCCGGACAAUUUCAAUGAAACUCGUUACAUCGGUUUUUCUCUGUACGUUCUGCUGGUGUCGUGGAUAGCGUAUUACCCUGUGGACUCGGCCCUUGAGGGCUUCUACACCACUAUCGUGGCAAGUGCCACGGCGCUCCUGAUUGGCUAUGGUCUGCUUGGGUACUUGUUCUUUCCAAAAGUAUUCAUCAUAUUGCGUCACCCGGAGCAGAACACGACGGAAUCUGUCAAAGCAGAGGUGGGGCAAUUUUCGCUUUACCUCGCUAGCUCCUUGUCAAAAAUAAGUAACAAGGUCGACCCUGCGCCAUAAACCAAGAGCCCAAGUUCAAUUAUGCUGAGGUUUUCUAAAAAUUCUCAUAGAGAAAAUGUCGUACUUUCAAAUUUUCCGAGAAACUGUUCUCAGACAGUUUAGCCUGCAAUACAAGCGUUUACCCGGUGCUUUAAAGUGAAAAACCGGCCUCGAGCGAUUCGUAGCCGCCGUCUUUGAUUUUGAGCAAAAAUGAAGAACGGGGGAGGGGGCAGGGAGGAGAGAGAGCUCCUCCUUCUCCCCGCUUUUUAUUUUGCUCAAAAUCCAAGAUGGCGGCUAUAAAAUCACCUCGACAAACAAUUGGACCAGUUGGAUUUCUUGUCUAGGAUCUAAACAACAUACACGAUGUGUCCUGACCAUUCCCUGGACGCAUAUUCGCAUCGACUAGACUGCCCUUCAAUCAGCACGAGUGCUUGUUCCAGCUACCACAAUCGGGACUAGAACUUGUUCCAUUUACCCCAAUCAGGACUAGAACAUGUUCCAGCUACCCCAAUCAGGACUAGGGCUUGUUCCAUCUACCCCAAUCGGGACUAGAACUUGUGUCAUCUUCCCCAAUCGGGACUAGAACUUGUUCCAGCUACCUAAAUCGGGACUAGAACUUGUUCCAUCUACCCAAAUCGGGACUAGAACUUGUUCCAGCUACCCAAAUCGGGACUAGGGCUUGUUCCAGCUACCCAAAUCGGGACUAGGGCUUGUUCCAUCUACCCAAAUCGGGACUAGGGCUUGUUCCAUCUACCCAAAUCGGGACUAGGGCUUGUUCCAUCUACCCCAAUCGGGACUAGGGCUUGUUCCAUCUACCCAAAUCGGGACUAGGGCUUGUUCCAGCUACCCAAAUCGGGACUAGAACUUGUUCCAGCUACCCCAAUCAGGACUAGGGCUUGUUCCAGCUACCCAAAUCGGGACUAGAACUUGUGUCAUCUUCCCCAAUCGGGACUAGAACUUGUUCCAGCUACCCAAAUCGGGACUAGAACUUGUUCCAGCUACCCAAAUCGGGACUAAAACUUGUUCUAGCUAACCCAAUCAGUACGAGGGCUUGUUCCAGCUAACCCAAUCAGUACGAGGAUUUGUUAGCCACCCCAAUCAGGACGAGGACUUGUUCCAGCCUACCUCAGGUCCGGCACAGCCCCUUGUAGUACGUGAAGUAAGGCGUGGCAUUUAUACUCGUGACAAAGACACGAGUAAAGCUGAAAGUUUGGUUUGCUUAGAAAAGUUAUAAUCAUGGCCGACAAAUAUUCGAUUUCCUAGAGGAUGACUUAGAUUAACUUCAAUAUAAAAUAACCAGGCAGACACCAUCUAUAAUAAAAACUCUUUUACUGUAUUUACAAAUAAAACUAAGUAUAAGUGCUAAGUGUAAUUCUUUGGAUGUCAUAGGUCCUCCAUCUAGAAUAAAAGUUUCGUCGUCGUUCUUGGAUGGAAUAGGUCCUCCAUCUAGGAUAAAAGUUUCGUCGUCGUUCUUGGAGGUCUGUUAAAAGAUAAAAAUUCAAGUAGUUAUUAGUUAAAUGCUUUUACCUAUGAUUUGUGUGUGAAACUCUGAAUUAAUAAAAUUCUAACGCAUGCAAA